CAGCUGAAAAAAAAAAGUUCAACAGCUUCUUUGGGAGAAGGAAGUCUGGAGUCAGCAAAAGGCUUUUAAACUUUAAAAAGACACGCUGUCACUUUUUCACGCUGCUUUCCAAGGACUCCCUGGAGUUUGUUUUCAGCACUUUGGACAAGAAAGGUAACGGCUUUUAAGGAUGGGUGACUGGAGUGCCUUAGGAAGACUCCUUGAUAAGGUCCAGGCCUAUUCCACUGCUGGAGGGAAAGUGUGGUUGUCAGUCCUGUUCAUUUUCAGGAUCUUGUUAUUAGGUACUGCUGUAGAGUCUGCGUGGGGUGAUGAACAAUCUGCAUUCCGAUGCAACACUCAACAACCUGGUUGUGAAAAUGUCUGCUAUGACAAGUCAUUUCCAAUCUCACAUGUACGAUUUUGGGUUCUCCAAAUUAUAUUUGUCUCUACACCUACUCUCCUAUAUUUAGCACAUGUGUUUUAUUUGAUGCGUAAAGAAGAGAAACUGAACCGAAAAGAAGAAGAGCUUAAAGUUGUCCAGAAUGAUGGAGGAAAUGUGGACAUGCAUCUCAAGCAAAUUGAAAUAAAGAAAUUCAAAUAUGGCUUGGAAGAACAUGGAAAGGUCAAGAUGCGUGGUGGUCUACUUCGUACUUAUAUAAUAACCAUUCUGUUUAAAUCAUUUUUUGAGGUUGCUUUCCUUGUUAUCCAAUGGUACAUCUAUGGGUUCACAUUAGAAGCUAUCUAUGCCUGCGAAAGAUUUCCGUGCCCACAUAAAGUUGACUGCUUCCUUUCUCGUCCCACUGAGAAAACCAUUUUUAUCUUGUUUAUGCUGGUGGUGUCUAUGGUAUCACUUGCUUUAAACAUUAUUGAGUUGUUCUAUGUUGCUUUUAAAAGUGCCAAGGAUGGCAUUAAAGGAAAAAGGGACCCCUAUGCCACCACCAACGAUACAGUGAAUCCUGCCAAGGAUUGUGGCUCCCCCAAGUAUGCUUAUUUCAAUGGCUGUCCUUCUCCAACUGCACCUAUGUCACCACCAGGGUACAAGCUUGUUACUGAAGACAGAAACCAAUCCUCUUGUCGUAAUUAUAACAAACAAGCAAGUGAACAAAAUUGGGCUAAUUAUAGUGCAGAACAAACCAGGAUGGGCCAAGCUGGAAGCACUAUUUCAAACACUCACGCUCAGCCAUUUGAUUUUGCAGAUGAACACCAGAAUGUAAAAAAAAUGCCAGCAGGACACGAAAUGCAGCCUCUCAGUAUACUGGACCACAGACCAUCAAGCAGAGCAAGUAGCCAUGCAAGCAGCAGGCCCAGACCCGAUGACCUGGAGAUUUAAUUAAUUCUCAUAGCUUAUUGGAAGGCAAACUUUAUUCAGUGGAGGAGAUGCUUCACAGUCUCAAAGCAGAGAUUUCAAAGACUGAAAGACUUUUUUUGUCAAGUACUUUUUUAUGUUGGAGGUACAUAUUGAUGUCUAAGUAGUGGUUUGCAUUCCUUACAGUACUAAAAGACUUUAAGAGCAGGAAUAGCAUAGGUUUUAGUAGAUCAUGAACAUGUAUUGUAUUCAUCAACACAAGAAGAACUGUUCAUGUAAUUUCUGGUAUCACAGCCCUGAUUGGUGGCUACUUUUCUUAGAAUAAGAAGAGGGAUAUCUUGUGAGCUAGAUAAAUAAUACUCUGACUGUCUGGAAAAGUUUUGGCCAUAUUGUGAUUGAAACAGAGCCUAGGACCACUAUGAGGAGUUUUUUUUUUUUUUUUUUUUAGCAGUGAUUUUUCAAGGUGUCUAGUGUGAGUGAUUUUUUUUUUUUUAAAUAAAUUAACUAAAGCAACCCAUUAUUAAUACACUUAGCUGGUGCACAAUGACAUCUUCCAGAAAAAGCACCUUUAAUUUGACACCAAAAAGUUGACUUACAAAGUAUGCAUUGCACACGUUGCCUUGAUUACCACUAUCUGGAAAUAUUUUUUUUUUGUUUUAUCUUUCAAGGAAUUAGCAGAAUGUUUUGCUUGAAUUAAAUUUUCACAUGUUCUGUC